GAGGUGGGGGGGGGCGAUGGCGUCGUCGUGCAGCCUGAAGGACGAGCUGCUGUGCUCCAUCUGCCUGAGCAUCUACCAGGACCCGGUGAGCUUCGGCUGCGAGCACUACUUCUGCCGCCGCUGCAUCACGGAGCACUGGAGCCGCCAGGAGGCGCCGGCGCGGGACUGCCCCGAGUGCCGGCGCACCUUCGCCGAGCCCGCGCUGGCGCCCAGCCUCAAGCUGGCCAACAUCGUCGAGCGCUACGCCGCCUUCCCCCUCGACGCCAUCCUGAGCGCGCAGCGCGGCGCCUUCCCGGCCUGCGCCAAGGAGCACGCCAAGGUCAAGCUCUUCUGCCUCUCCGAGCGCGCCGUCGUCUGCUUCUUCUGCGACGAGCCCGCCCUGCACGAGCAGCACCAGGUCACCAGCCUCGACGACGCCUUCGACGAGCUCCAGCGGGAGCUCAAGGAGCAGCUGCAGACGCUGCAGGACAGCGAGCGCGGCCACACCGAGGCCUUGGCCCUCCUCAAGCGCCAGCUGGCCGAGACCAAGUCCUCUGCCAAGAGCUUGCGCACCACCAUUGGGGAGGCCUUUGAGCGGCUGCACCGGCUGCUGCGGGAGCGGCAGAAGGCCAUGCUAGAGGAGCUGGAGGCCGACACCGCCCGGACCCUGACCGACAUCGAGCAGAAGAUCCAGCGCUACAGCCAGCAGCUGCGCAAGGUGCAGGAGGGCAGCCAGAUCCUCCAGGAGAGGCUGGCUGAGGCCGACAAGCACGCCUUCCUGGCAGGCAUCGGCUCCCUUUCCGAGAGGCUGAAGGGCAAGAUCCAUGAAACGAACCUCACAUACGAAGACUUCCCCACCUCCAAGUACAUGGGGCCGCUGCAGUACACCAUCUGGAAGUCUCUCUUCCAGGACAUCCACCCAGUGCCCGCCGCCCUCACCCUGGACCCUGCCACGGCUCACCACCGCCUCAUCCUGUCCGACGACUGCACCAUCGUGGCCUACGGCAACCUGCACCCUCAGCCCCUGCAGGACUCUCCCAAGCGCUUUGACGUGGAGGUGUCCGUGCUGGGCUCGGAGGCCUUCGGCAGCGGCGUCCAUUACUGGGAGGUGGUGGUCUCGGAGAAGACCCAGUGGAUGAUCGGCCUGGCGCACGAGGCGGUCACCCGCAGGGGCAGCAUCCAGAUCCAGCCCAGCCGCGGCUUCUACUGCAUCGUGAUGCACGACGGCAACCAGUACAGCGCCUGCACGGAUCCCUGGACGCGGCUGAACGUGAAGAGCAAGCUGGAGAAGGUGGGCGUCUUCCUGGACUUUGAGAAGGGGCUGCUGAUCUUCUACAACGCGGACGACAUGUCGUGGCUCUACACCUUUCGCGAGAGGUUUCCCGGCAAGCUUUGCUCCUACUUCAGCCCCGGGCAGAGCCACGCCAACGGCAAAAACGUGCAGCCGCUUCGAAUCAACACUGUCCGGAUCUGAGGGCCCCUGUUCCCCCCGGAAGGGGAGGGGCGGUGCUUGUGUGGGCCAGGUGGCCUGGCUCGACUGCCUGGAGCAGCUGGGGGGGAGGAGGGCUGGAGGCAGAGGGCUCCUUGUGAGUCAGCCCUUGAGGCAGGGAGAGCUUGAUGGGGUGCUAGGGAACAGCCAGGAGGGGGGCGCAGGGGGCUGAUGGGGCCAGUGGGGAGGGGCUUCUCCAGGGGACAAAGAGCAGCUUUGCGCAGCUUUCCAUGGCUGCUGGGGCUGCACAUCUGCAUGCAGUGAUGGCCCACUCUCCGCUCUGUUGGCACACCUGGGAAAUGGGCCCAUCGUCCUUCUUUCUCGCUGUUACAGAGACAGUGUGCAAAGUGAAUGCUCGCCUUCUUUCAUUUGGGUACACUGGUCGACUCUCAAUUUAAAAGGGUCUUUUUAAAUAAGAAAGUACGUCUUGUGGGUGGGGUGAGAGGAAACCAUGAAAUAAACUGGCAGUUGGGAUACCAA